GGUCGUUUUGCCGUAGAUGGCGGUGUAAUUGUUACGAAAUAAGGUUAUGUUACUAAAAUAUUAAAUAUUAAUUAAUAACGUUAAAAUCGACACUUGUUAGUACUUAAUAUCGAUUCAGAUAAAUGUCUUAAAUUACGUGAGACCUAUAGAAAGAAAAGUUUAACUGCAAUUUGUAUUACUUUUGUGAAAAGAAAUUGAUCUCUCAUUUUGGCGGUGAGUCUUGAGGAUUCAGAGUGGGGUGAACAGUAAAUGAAAACACGUGCACGGAACAAAAUAAAGAUUCGACAAAUUUGGUAACUACUACUAUUUUAUAAAAUGCUGGAAACACCGAUUAAAAUGGAAGUCGACGAUAGUAUAAAAGAAGCUGAUGGCGCAGAUAAUACAGAGCUCAGUUACGAAGAAAAAUUAAAGUAUGUGAAUGCCAUAUCUCAGCCUAUGGCUUCUAAGAAGCUAACAAAAAAGAUUUAUAAAUGUAUUAAGAAAGCCUCAAAACAGAAGACCUAUCUUAGAAAUGGUUUGAAGGAUGUGCAAAAGCAUCUUCGUAAAGGGGAACAGGGGUUGGUGGUCUUUGCGGGAGAUGUUUUUCCUUUGGAAAUCAUGUGCCACUUACCAGUUGUUUGCGAGGACAAAAACAUUCCUUACUGUUACACUCCAUCUAGGCAAGAUAUUGGCAAUGCAAUGGGUGUGAAAAGGGGAAGCCUCAUGGUACUAAUUAAAGAGCAUGAUGACUACAAAGACUUAUACGAAGAAAUUAAAACUGCAAUGGUGACAUUAUCAACACCAUUGUAAUAUUCUAUUCAACAUCUAUUGUGCCUUUGAUACCAUUGUAAAUAGAAUGAAUGAAUUUACCAGGAAACAACUAUUUUCCCAUUUUCUGAGACAACAAGUAUUACCAAGAAUUAGUUCACAAGUUACCCAAAGCAACACACUUUUUAUACAAUUCAUUUGCAAAUGCUUAAUG